CAUUGGACCGUUUUUUUUUCUUCUUCUCCUGCAGCAGAUCUUCCGAUGCAUUGUAACAGUGUUGAAGAACAUAAACUCUUGAACACAAUGCCUCGACAUCUGUAAUGGCGCGUUGACUUUCGGAUGUGAUUUCGUUGGGAUAAACGAUUGUCAGGAUCCUGAAAACAGAGAUGUAGUCUGUAGUCUGGUCUGUCGGCAGACUCUGAGGUCUCACUAUGCUGCUUUAUCUGCUGCUGGCCAUCUCACUAACAAACGUCAAUGGCCAGAUAGACCCAGCUCACUGUCGUUAUCCUCUUGGUAUGGAGGACGGGAGGAUCAACAACGAUGACAUCACUGCCUCCAGUCAGUGGUAUGAAACCACAGGCCCUCAGUAUGCAAGGUUAAACCGUGAGGAGGGUGACGGUGCCUGGUGUCCUGCUGGUCAACUGCAGCCCUCAGAUGUUCAGUAUCUUCAGCUUGAUCUUCGUCAGCUCAUCUUCCUCACUGUGGUUGCUACACAGGGUCGCUACGCACGCAACUCUGGCAACGAGUUUGCGCGCAAAUACCGUUUGGAGUACAGUCGCGACGGACACCGCUGGAUCUCCUGGAGAAACCGCUUUGGUAGUGAGAUUAUAAUGGGCAACAUAAACACAUACGACUCUGUGGUGAGAGACCUCCAUCCUCCCAUCAUCACCCGAUUCUUACGUUUGAUUCCCGUCACUGAUGCCGUACACACUGUGUGUAUGAGAGUAGAGCUGUUUGGAUGCGCCUGGCAGGAUGGCCUGACAGCAUACAGCUCUCCAGAGGGCCAGACCAUGAUGGCUCCUGGCUAUCCCAUUACACCUCUCAACGACUCCACGUACGACGGCGCCCUGGAACGCAGGAAGCUGUCUGGGGGUCUGGGUCAGCUGACAGAUGGUGUGAUUGGUCAGGAUGACUUUGUACAGAGAAGGCAAGACCGCUUGUGGCCCGGAUAUGACUACGUGGGUUGGAGGAACGACACCUUGGGCCCUGGAUAUGUAGAGAUGGAGUUCCAGUUCGACAGACAACGAAACUUCACCUCUAUGAAGGUUCACAGUAAUAACAUGUUCUCUCGCGGUGUCAAGAUCUUCGCGUCAGUGUCCUGUGUGUUUAAGUUGCACCUCAUUUCUGAGUGGGAAGCAGAACCGGUGGAGUUUCACACCGUUCUAGACGACCGGAACCCCAGCGCUCGUUAUGUGACGGUCCCGUUAAAGCACAGAUCGGCUACGGCGCUGCGCUGUCGCUUCUACUUUGCUGACACUUGGAUGAUGUUCAGCGAGAUCUCAUUUCAGUCUGCAACUAAUAUGCUUCCAACCCAGCGGCCCCCAGUAUUGACCCCUCCUUCUUAUGAGGUUAACAGCAAAAUACCACAAACUACACAAAAAACAGAGGACCAGACGACAUCAAAAACAUCAAAAACAGACUCUCCUGAAGAGGGCAGUACAUCGAUUCUGAUUGGCUGUCUGGUGACUAUUAUUCUUCUGCUAGUGGUGAUCAUCUUCCUGAUUCUGUGGUGCCAGUAUGUGUGCAAAGUCCUGGAGAAGGCUCCAAGGCGUAUUUUGGAGGAGGAGGUGACAGUGCGUUUGUCCUCUAGCAGUGACACUAUAAUUCUGCAGACUCCUCCAGUGCCCCCACGCGUCUCCCUCGACCCGCCCUACGAGAGGAUCUUCCUUCUGGACCCCCAGUAUCAGGAUCCCGCUGCACUCAGGAACAAACUUCCCGAGCUGUCGCAAAGCGCAGAGGCUUCUGCCUGUAGCGGAGGAUACGCCGAACCUGACGUUACCCUAUGCACCCCACACCAGUGUUUUCAGAGCAGCGUGCCUCACUACGCAGAAACUGACAUUAUUAGCCUGCAAGGCGUCACCGGCAGCAACAUGUACGCCGUUCCGGCGCUCACUGUUGAUUCCCUAACGCGGAAGGACAUCUCAGUAGCCGAGUUCCCUCGAGAGAGGCUGCUGUUCAGAGAGAAACUGGGAGAAGGCCAGUUUGGUGAGGUACAUUUGUGUGAGGCCGAGGGUUUGGCAGAGUUUCUGGGAGAGGGUGCACCGUUACCGGAGCAGGACGGCAGGCCGGUGCUAGUAGCAGUUAAACAACUCAGAGCGGAUGCCACCAGCAAUGCCAGAAAUGACUUCCUGAAGGAGAUAAAGAUCAUGUCGCGUCUGAAUAACCCAAACAUCAUUCAGCUGCUGUGCGUGUGCGUGAGCUCCGACCCGCUCUGCAUGGUGACGGAGUACAUGGAGAACGGAGACCUCAACAUGUUCUUGUCCCAGAGGGAGAUCGAGAGCACACUCACACACGCCAACAACAUUCCAUCUGUCAGCAUUGCUGACCUGUUGCACAUGUCGGUGCAGAUCUCUUCUGGGAUGAAGUACUUGGCUUCUCUGAAUUUUGUGCACCGUGAUCUGGCUACACGGAACUGCCUCCUGGACCGCCAUCUCACCAUAAAGAUCUCUGAUUUCGGCAUGAGCAGAAACUUGUACAGUAGCGAUUACUAUCGUAUACAGGGACGUGCUGUACUGCCUAUACGCUGGAUGGCCUGGGAGAGCAUCUUACUGGGGAAGUUCACAACAGCUAGUGAUGUGUGGGCAUUUGGAGUAACUCUGUGGGAGAUCUUUACUUUAUGUAAGGAGCAGCCCUACAGUCUGCUGUCUGAUGAACAGGUCAUCGAGAACACCGGCGAAUUCUUCAGAAACCAGGGGAGACAGAUCUUUCUCUCCGCCCCACCACUCUGUCCAUCCUCUCUGUUCGAGUUGAUGAUGCGUUGCUGGAGUCGUGACAUCGCGGACCGCCCCACUUUUCACAGAUUGUAUCAGGCCCUGCGAACUUUUGCGCCCCACUCGUGACCAACCCCUGCUUUAGCGAAGCAACCUGGGUGAAAACUGUUACACAAGUCUUCUGACUGCUCACCAGUCACUGAAGCAGAGGGGAACAUUAUAGCCACAAUGUAGCGUCAUCAGAACGGUAGAAAUCCAAUGGAGGAGAGAUCUAGAGACGAUGAGAUUUCACAAAAGGCAUUCAUUCAUUUAUCCACUCAAGUAUUCAUCUCCAUUGGAACUCAAAGAGCUUUUUUUUCCAAUCCAUAGACACUUGAGAUUUUAUUUUUAGAUGUUUCGUUGUCUUUCCCUUUUUUUCUUUAUCAUACAUGUUAUUUCUGUUUGUCAUUUUCCAACAGUGACUCUUGAGCCUACUGUAUAUUCUAGGCGGAAAGAACCAACUGGACGAAUGUUGUAUUUGUCAAAACUGUGGUUGUGUAUCGUUAAGCACUGCUGUCUUUGGUUUUUAUUUCGUUUUUGUCCAUUUUGUUCCUUAUUUACCCCCACACUGGAGUUACUGUGUCUUAUAAUAUUAAGUGUUGUUUUGCUCUCUAAAUAUGAAUGUUUUUACAGGUUCUUUGGAUAUAGCUGGGUCGGAGACUUCCUCUGCCUGGAUCUAGCAGAACUACUGUUAUAGUUAGAUUUAAAAAACCCUUGUGGAGGAGAAAGGAGAGGGUUAUAGAGCCAACAAUGGACUGACGUGCAAUCGAAUGCACUGUUUCUUCCCCCAACUUCUCUAACAGGCCACUUUAAAGUCAACAUGAAAUCAGAAUGGACCAAAAAAGACCAUGUUUCUGGUUUUAUUUUGAAUGAUUCAUUUGUGCAUGUUUCCAAAGAUAACAGUGUUUGUUAUUGUAGUAUUUGAUCAAAAUGUAAUAGAACUUAGGGUGAAUUAUUAUAGUGACCAGUUAUAUUAGUAAAAUGAAUUGUUAAUGCCAUUAAAGGCUUUAAAGGAAAAUUUAAUGAACAUGUACUCACCCUCAGGCCAUCCAAAAAUGAUGAGUUUGUAUCUUCAUUAGAACAGAUUUGGAAAAUUGUAGCAUUACAUCACUUGCUCAGCAAUGGAUUCUCAGUAGUGAAUGGGUGCCGUCAGAAUGAGAGUCCAAACAGCUGAUAAAAGCAUCACUGUAAUCCAUAAGUAAUCCACAGAAACAAAGAAAAUAUAUAUAUUAUGGACAAAGGAGUCACAUUUAGCCUAAAGCAGGAAUUUAAGUUGAAAACACCUUGAUGAUGGUUUUGUUUCUUAUAAACGUUCACUAUUUUGCUUCACAAUAUGUCAGUUGAUGGACUGUGGUGUGGAUUACUUUUGGAUUAUUGUGAUGUUUUUAUUAGCUGUUUGGACUUUCAUUCUGACGGGACCCAUUCACUGCAGAGGAUCCAUUGGUGAAGAAGUGAUGUGAUGUUAGAUUUCUUUAAAUCUUAUGAGAGUAUGUCCAUUUUCAGCUCAUUUUCAUUUUUGGGUCAGCUAUUCUUUUAAAAUCCAGCAAGAUUUCACCAGCACAGCCGAACAAAUUAAAUUUCAACUCCACUACACUUCUUUGUUGUUGGCAUGCUGUUCUGCAAUUGCAUUGCAUUGUUGUUGAAUCUACAUGAACUAUGUCUGGCUGAGGACAUACAGGACCAACAAUAUCAAUAUUUUAGAGAUCCAUUAUAUCUAUGAUCUCUGUAGAAGGCACAUGAUUAUGGGGGAAUAUGUAUGUAAGUUUAAAAUUAUUCAAAGCACAUUUUUCUUUUUUCUUUUAAUCCACUUUAUUAAUGUCAUUUAAAAGUUUGUGAAUGAAUGAGUGUUGCACCAAAAAAAACAUUUGGUGCACUUACGAUGUAACCAAGAUCUGAUAUCUCUGUCUUUUAUCAUCAGUGUGUACCAGUUUCUACAUUCCUUUUCUGUAGUUUGUGUUUACUGUAUUUCAGAAAUUGUCUUCAAAUGUACAGGAGAAGUUUUAUUGUUUGGCUGCUGAAAGGUUUGGCUAUGCAGGACGUUUUGAAGAGUCCUCCAAUAGCACUGGGAUUUCGAUUGAAUGUUGGUGGUAGGAAAGCUUAAGGAGAAGGGCAACCACUAAACUCAAUCUCCCAGAAGCCUUUGCUGAAGUGAGCCUGAGGCAAUUUCUGUUAUUACUGAUCAGAGUUUGCUUUUCACUACAUAUUUAGAGACCAAGAGUGCAUGUCCGUGCGAAUGCGUGAUGCUGUGAGCGUGGUUUUGUUUUAAGUGAAAGUAAAUGUACCUUCUUUUAUCAUUUAGUAUUCAAUAACAGUCUUUCAUUCAAUCCUUUUAACUCUCUGUAUGUGUCCUUCAUGUACAUUACAUAAGCAGAGUAGAUACUGUAUGUAUAGUAAUAUAUUGGGGACUAAGGAAGACUUGUUUUCUUUCAUCUUCUUUCUUAUUUUCCAUAUUAAAUAUCGAUUUUGCUGUA